UAACAUCUGGCAAAAUGUCAGUUAAAAAGUUUUGGAACAUGGUUUCCAAUUUAUUGCUUGAAAAGGGUUACCAAGUAACUGGUAUCCAAUGUAAAAGCAAAAUGGCUGGAUUAAAAAACACUUAUAAAAGUGUUAAGGACCAUAAUGCAAAGAGUGGCAAUCAUCCUCGGAUAUGGCAAUAUUUUAAUAUUAUGGAUGAAAUAUUUAAUAAAAAACCGUGGAUAUCUCCAAUGUCUACAUUGGAUUCUGACAAACCAAUUCCGCAAAUUUCUUUCGAAGAAGAUUGUGAUAUUGAAAAUGUCCCUGGUUCCUCUUCAACAAAAACCAGAUUACCUAUGAAACGGAAAAGGCCUACUACAUUGGAAAAAGUGCUCGAAGAAAAUACAAUUGCACGCAAAAAGAUGCACGAAGAAACAAUGGUGCGGCAGGAUAAAUUGCUUGAUCUUUUAAGUAAACUGCUCGACAAAUAAUAUGAAAUUCACUUAUUUUAAAGACUGAUUAUAUUAUAAAGACUGAUUGUAAUAUACACGGCAUCAUUAAUGCCAAGCCAUACUAACUGUACUACUCCAGAAUAUGUCUUUCUUUCUAUAUGGAA